AUGAAUUUAGAUAAUCCUGAUAAAGAAGCUUUUAAAAUUAAAUUACAAGAAAAUUCAGAUCUUAUUACAGUUAACUCAAAGCCUUUUAAUAUAACUUUGGAAGAAUUAUUUAAAAUUUCAUCAAAAUACUAUCGCGAAUUGCAAAAUAAUCCUCUUUUCUCAGUACCAUAUCAUGAGAAACUUCGUUUUCUGGCACUUUUUAAGCAAGUUAAAUUUGGUUGUUUUAUUCCUGAGGCUUGUGACUAUGGGUGGUUAAAUUUUACUGGAAGUGAUACAAGGAAAGAGUGGAAGAAAAUAAGUAAUUAUUCAAAGAAUGAAGCAAUGCUAGAAUUUGUAAAUCUUCUUGGAGUUGUUUGUCCUAACUACAAUUCAUUCAUUGAUAAUCAAGAUUUUAUUUGCCUUACAAAACCAAAAAUAGUAAAAGAAACUCUAGAACAGUUAAGUAUUAACAACCCUAAUGCAAUAUUGCCUUUCGAUUUACCAAACAGUACUACUUUAUCAAUAGCAGAGAGUGCAUUUGCUGAACCAAAAUUUGAAAGUGAAGAACAUCGUAAGUUAUAUCAAGAGCAAAAAAAAAGGAUUCAAGAAGCUUUAAAUAAAGAAACAUACCACCAAUUUAAAGCUUAUGCUCAACAUACACUUCCUGGUGAACCGGAAAAGCAAGAAGAAUACAUUAAAGCUAUUCAGGAGCUUCAUUACCAAAGAUACAUGGCUCAAGUAUAUUCUCAACAAAGUAAAACGAUUAAUGCCGAUAUUGAAAAUGGCAGUUUACAUGUUGAUGAAUCACAACAAAAUGGUGUUGUUAAACAACUACAAUCUCAAUUGUCUAAAUUAACUGUAGAAAAUGAAGAUGAAAAAAAAUAUAUUCCUUCUGAAACUCCAGCUAAUGAUGAUGAUACUGAUGGAAAUUCUAGUAUUGAUAAUUUUUCAGACAUUCCUUCUAAUCCUGCAAUUUCUCCUGCAACUAUGUGGAAUAGAAAAGACAUUGUUGAAUUUAAAGAAUCAGUUAAAAAAGAAGGUUCUGAAGGAAUAUUUAAAAUAAGUCAUGGUGAGACAGUAACAAUAAGAGUACCUACACAUGAAGAAGGUUCAUCAAUAUUUUGGGAAUUUGCUACAGAUUGGUAUGAUUUAGGAUUUGGAAUGUUUUUUGAAUGGUCAAAACCAGAGACAACAGAUAUAACUAUUCAGGUUUCUGAAUCAUCUGAUGAAGAGGAUGAAUCUGAUGAAUAUAUUCAAUCGCCUCAAACUGAAACAGAAGGAAAAGAUGUUGAAGGUGGUGCUACGGAGGGAAGGAAAAAAAAUUUAAAUAAACCUCCUGUUGAUAUGAUUAUUCCUAUAUAUAGACGUGAUUGUCAUGAAGAAGUUUUUGCUGGAAGCCAUAUAUAUCCUGGAAAAGGUGUUUAUCUUCUUAAAUUUGACAAUUCAUAUUCACUUUGGAGAUCAAAGACACUUUAUUAUAAAGUAUAUUAUUCUAAAUAA